GUAGACUUUUUGAAGCAUGGCGUGUUGGAGAACGGUUUUUAUUUGCUCUUUGAUGAUCAAGGGCAGAGAUAUUUGGCUUACUGUGAUCUCGCAUCUGAACCAGGUGCAGCCUGGACUUUAGUCAUGUCCUGGUCCCGCACAUUGAAGAACUUGCCUCAGUUUCAAAGCAAGUCAUUUACGCAGGAUGCUCCAGUCAACGAGAAUACCCCAAAUUGGUACUCAUACCGCCAGAAUCUGGCUCGGAUGAAAAACACCCGCAGUCGCUCCACUCACUGGCGAGCUACUUGCAGCUUCAACCAGGUUGAAGCGAUUGAUUACAGAGAUUACAUCAGGGGAAAGUUUAGAGAUUUUGACAUCAUGGCUUUUUCAGGAAAAGGUGUGUGUUUCCCAGUUGAAUACGUGAAUAUUCGAGGACAUGCCGCUGGAAACGGCACUACAGUACCGUUUUGGCAGUUUCAGAACGGCAACUUUCUUCACACGGACAGCUCGUUUACCGGCUGUGAGUUCAAGCCGAAACUCAAAGCUGUUCCCAGUGAAGACAACUUUGGUUUGUACAAUGAUGUUAAUGUAAAAUUUCGUUGCACAGCAGGGAAUUACUCAACGACACAGUGGUGGUUUGGUGGUUAUCUGACCAAGUAG